AUGACGAUUAUUGAUGUCAACAAGGACCUCGCUGCUCUCUUUGAGCAGCAGGCCUCAGCCACCCCUGAUGCUGUGGCUCUUGAGGAUGAGAACAGAUCCCUCACAUACGCAGAGCUCGACAGAGAAACUUGGGCUCUAGCUGAGCGAUUACGUGACUACGGUGUUGGUCGUGAUGAUCUGGUUGGUGUUCUCAUGGGUAGAAGUGCCGACUACGUUAUCGCCGCUCUGGCUACCCUCCGAGCUGGUGGUGCCUUUUUGGUGCUCGAGGUCGCUUACCCUCCUGGCCUGCUACGAGAUGUUAUCGAAGAUGCAAAGCCAACUGUCAUUCUCACUCAAGUUGAGCACUCGAAAAACCUCACAUCUGAAACUCCCGUCAUUGUUGUCGACAGCCUCGACAAGCAGGAGCGCGGAGAGUCUUCACCCCAUUUGACCGAGAGACGGUCACUUCCCGAAGAUGACGAUGUUGAGCGAUUGCUCUUUGUCGCCUACUCCUCUGGUACCACUGGUAAGCCCAAGGGUAUCAUGAACCCCCACAGAGCCGCAAUUCGCUCCUACGACUUGAGAUUCGCCGUCAGCGACCUCAAGCCCGGCGACAGAGUGGCUUGCAAUGUUUUCUUCAUUUGGGAGAUGCUCCGACCUCUCAUUCGAGGUGCCACCACUGUUGCCAUCCCCGAUCACGCCAGUUACGACCCUACUGCUCUUGUUGAGCUUCUUUCUUCAAAGCGCAUCACCGAUACCCUCAUGACUCCCACACUUUUGGCCACAGUUCUUUCUCGACACCCCAAGCUCGGUCAGCAGCUCCCUGACCUCCGCUCACUCUGGCUGAAUGGUGAGGUCGUUACUACUGACCUUGUUCGGCGUGCCAUGGAUGCUCUCCCCGACACACGCCUUCUCAACGUCUACAGCGCCUGCGAGACCCACGAGGUUGCUGUUGGCGACAUCAAGACUUUUGUCGAUUUCGAGACCCGAGUGUGCCCUGUAGGUCAACUCACAGACCCUGAACACACCUACGUUCUCGAUGAGGCUGGCAACAGAGUCAACCCUGGCGUGAGCGGCGAGCUUUACGUCGGUGGUAACCUUCUGGCCCGAGGAUACCUUAACCUUCCCGAAACUACGGCCAAGGCUUUCCAAAUGGACCCCUUCGCUGGAGAAAAGGACGCGCGCAUGUACCGCACUGGCGAUUUGGCUCGCAUUCUCGACAACGGGCUUUUGGAGAUUACUGGCCGAGUUGGUGGUAUGAUCAAGACUCGUGGCUACACUGUCCAGCCUGGUGCUGUCGAGAGUGCCAUUCGAAAGCAUCUUGCUGUCCGCGAUUGUGCGGUUGUAGCUCACGGCGAAGGCCUGGAGCGACAAAUCGUUGCCUACAUCGUCCGUGAGCAGGGUGAAUCUCGCGACCGAACCAUUCCCCUUAUCGACGAGUACGGAUACAGUCCCGUUGCUCGACGUGCUCUCACUGACCAUCUUGCGCACUACAUGAUUCCCUCUGUCUGGGUUGAAGUGGAUGAGCUACCCACACAUGGAGUUUCCGGCAAGACAGACCUCAAGGCUCUGCCCGCACCACCAUCUCCGCGAUCGCCCAGACCUGCACCCAAGAAGGAGCAAAACAUCAAGGUCAAGACGGAGACUGUCAUCCAGUUGUGGGCUGCUUCGCUUAACAUGCCCGCCAAUGUCAUCACACCAAAGCACGACUUCUUCGAUCUUGGCGGUCACUCUUUGGCCCUUGCUGAUCUUGCUGGACGUCUCACAAAGACCUUUGGUUUCCCUGUUCCUCUGGCUCCUCUUGCCGGAAACCCUACUCUGGAAGGCCAUGUUGCAGCCAUCAAGGCAGCCCGCGAUGGUCAUACCGCCGCCGUGCAGGCUGACCUGCCAGCUGUUCUUCGCGCAGACUCUGUUCUGCCUGAAGAUAUCCAGGGCAACGGCACUCCUAUGCGUGCUCUCAGAGAUGCCGAGACUAUCCUUCUUACCGGUGUUACUGGUUACCUAGGUGCUUUCCUUCUCAAGAAGCUGGUCGACUCUACCGACGCACAGAUUAUCUGUCUUGUGCGAUUCCCCGAGCCCGUGGAAGACUGUGCACCUGCCGGUAUGGCUCGUAUCCGAAAGAACUUGAUCGACCUUGGACUUUGGGAGGAUUACCUCCUGGAGCGCAUUGAGAUCUUGCCCGGUACUCUUACCAGAAAGCGCCUGGGUCUUUCUCCUGACGUUUUUGACGAGCUGUCCACUCGCGUUCAGGUCAUUGUCCACUCUGCUGCUACUGUCAACUUGGUCUACCCCUACGCUGCCCUCCGAAACGCCAACGUCAACGGUACUCGAGAAAUUCUUCGUCUUGCUGGUCGCAGCGGUGCUACUGUUCACCACGUCUCUACCAACGGUGUGCUUCCACCUUCCCGCACUGGUUGGUGUGAGAACACUGUCAUCGAUGUUGAUGACGUCCCUACCAAGUUGCUUGAUGGUUACGGCCAGACCAAGUGGGUUGCUGAGAAGCUUGUCGACGAGGCCAGCCGCCGAGGCAUUCCUGUGCGAGUCUACCGUCCUGGUACCAUCAGCGGCCACAGUGUAUCCGGUUCAACCAACGCCUGGGAUUUGAUCAAUGCUAUUGUCGUGGAGUCACUUCAGCUCGGACGCGCUCCUGAUGUCGAGGGCUGGUAUGUUGAGAUGACUCCUGUUGACUUUGUCAGUGAUGCCAUUGUCACUCUCGCAAACCACACCGACGACACUGAGCAAACUCUAUACCAUCUCGGCGACCCCGCUCCUGUUGAUUCCAAGGACCUGUUUGCCUCUCUGGCCAAGCUGGGCUACUCUACUGAGCCUCUAGCUUGGGACGAUUGGGUUGCCCUUUGGUGGGAGAAGCGCGGCAACAAGAGGACCGGCGAUGACCCCUUUACUGUCGAUAUUCUCCGAGGUGGUAUGCCUAGCGUUGAGGUUCUCAAGUCGGUCAUUGUGCUCAAGGAUGGCAAGACACAGCCUACGCUUGACAAGUACAACGUCCCUCGCCCCAAGAUGAAUGACGGUCUUCUCGAGAUCUAUAUGCGACACUUCUAUGCUCGUGGUUGGUUGUCUCGACCUCCUCGACGGGAUCAGGUCAACGGCUGUGCCAAGAAGGUGCGCAAGGGUCGCCUGGCAGGCAAGGUUGCGGUGGUGACUGGCGCUUCUUCUGGAAUUGGCGCCGCAGUGGCAGCUGGCCUUGCCAAGGAGGGCGCCCAUGUGGCCGUGGCGGCUCGACGGGCCGAUGCUCUGGAAGGCGUCAAGAAGAAGAUUAGCGUCUACGGUGGUAAGGUGUUGAUCCACCCGACCGAUGUCACAAAGAGGGACCAGGUGGAGUCCCUGAUGAAGGAGGCAAGCGAGCAGCUCGGCCCUGUCGACAUCCUGGUCAGCUGCGCGGGCGUCAUGUACUUUACCAUGAUGGCCAACAACCAGACGGAUGAGUGGGAGCGCACAGUCGAUGUCAACUGCAAGGGCCUCCUGAACGCCUUGUCAUCAACAGUCCCGGGCAUGUUAUCCCGUGGAGCUGGACACAUUGUGGCCAUUUCUUCCGAUGCUGGACGCAAGGUGUUCCCUGGUCUGGGCGUUUACUCUGCCAGCAAGUUCUUUGUUGAGGCAACACUUCAGGCGCUGCGUCUCGAGACAGCGGGUUCUGGUCUCAGGGUCACAGCUGUGCAGCCCGGAAAUGUGGCCACAGACCUGUUGGGCAUGUCGACUGACCAGGAGGCUCUCAAGAAGUACGGUGAGCCUACAGGCGCCGAGGUUCUGAAGCCCGAGGAGGUGGCCAGCGCUAUUGUGUACGCUGUGUGUCAACCCCCUCACGUCGCUGUCAACGAGGUGCUUAUUGAGCCUCGUGAUGAGCCCAUCUAG